AUGCAAUCAUUAGAAGCACAAAUGCUCUUACAUAAAACGGAUGCUGAUUCUAAAGCAAUAGAACGAGAAAAUGAAAUUAAUAGAUUGCAUGAAGAGUUGAUUAAUGCAGAUAAUAGGGCUCUAUGCAAUCGCCAGGAGAUGGAGCGAGAAAUCGAAGUCCUCAAAAUGGAGAAUAGCAAACUUUCAAGUCAAAUACUCAAAUUGCAGCUGCAAGACCAGGAUCGCAAAAUAGUUGAUAUUAGAGAUCCAAAAGCGAGCGAUAAAACUCCACAGACCACUUUACCAAAGUUAGAUAUCCAGCCCAAAGCCAGUGAAAAUAAUAUGUUGAGCAAUAACAAGAUACCGAUUAAAUUUUUCAUCGAAAAUACUCCAAUCGAUACUAAGCGACAAAAAAUCGAGUAUAAAAAUCGCAGCAUCAAACUGGAUAAGGAGUUACAGCCAAAAUUCCUAUCCUCCUGUUAUUCCACAACAGAUGACGAAUUUUUUCACUUCGACCCUUUUAGUACCGCAUGGAAACCUAUUCCUUUGUCUUAUGAUACAAUUCGCGAACAAUUCUCCAGUCUUAGUCAUAAUACCUUCGAACAAAGCAAACAUUCUUCCAAAGAAAGCAAUAGAAAUGUCUCCAAGAAGAAUACCAUAAGCGAAAAAUCUACCAUUGAUUUAAAUGCUUUAAAUUUCAAAGGUAAUGAUUUUGAGUCAAGAUCGGAAAGGGAUCGAAUCAUUGAAUUGAAUAGACGGAAUACUCUAGUGAGACCUCAUCUUAAAACUACGUAUCCAGUCGAGGUUCAAUUUCUCGAGGAUUCGUCUCUAUUUGUGGAAAAUCAGUCAGAUUUAUCUUCCUCUCAUCAUAUAAACCUCAAUAAAGGCUCAAUAGAAAAGAACGCCUAUAAAAAUAGUUUGAAAGAGAAUCAAAACUUAGGACAACGCCUACUAAAGAGUACGGCGGUAAAAUACUUGACUCCAUCCAAAUUUAUGCCAUCUAUCCGUAAAACAUUUAGGAAUAAACAUAUAUUUUCUGCUAGCAAAAAAACACCUAAGAAAUUCAUUGAAACAAUUCCCCCAAGAAAACGCUAAAACAUUCUUAUUUCAUUUAUAAAAUUAUUU